UACGGUCGAUGGCAAGCCAGGGCCCAGGGAUAAGGAAUUCCACAUCAGAUCGUCGUCUAGCUAUCUGCGGGAGAAAGCUACGUAACCUGGCUAUGGAGCCACUGCCCGGCCACCCCUGCCGCUGUCGCCUCCAUACAAUCCUCCGCAGCAGGCAGGGCGACCCCUGCCCGAGCUGUCCCUCUCCGCCUCCCUCCCUGCCUCAACAACAACGCACUGCGCCGACCGUACGCCCCGCUGCGCGGCUGCGGCACAUACACCGCCACCAUGCACCCCGGCCUCUACCACCGGAGGUAUAUAUAUAAGCGGGGCGCGGCAGCCUCCGAUCCCAAGCUCGCCGGCCGGGAAGCAACGACUGCGCAGCACGCAGCAGCUUCGAAUCCAGCGACCUCGGCGGCCGCCGUCACAUGGAGGCAGCGGCGGCGGCGGCCGCGGGGCGGGAGCAGUGCCCGCGGUGCGCGUCGCGGGACACCAAGUUCUGCUACUUCAACAACUACAACACGGCGCAGCCGCGGCACUUCUGCCGCGCGUGCCGCCGCUACUGGACGCUGGGGGGCUCCCUCCGCAACGUCCCCGUCGGGGGCGCCACGCGCAAGCGCCCCAGGCCGCCGCGCCGGCCGCCCAUCACCCGCGCCAUCGCCGCCGCCGCCGCGGCGCCGGGACUCCUGCAGGGCGCCGCCGGCGGACUCCUCGCCUCGUUGCUGCUGGACCUGGGCUCGGCGCCGCCGCCGGUGCUCCAAGGCCGGCUCAUCGGCUCCGACAGCCUCGGCCUCGGGCAGCCGGCGCCGCUAGCCGCCGCCGGCUCCGCCGACCUCGCCCUCGCCCACCUGGACUUCGGCGUGGGGGAUCCGCUGCUGUGGCCGGCCGCGACGACGAUGGUCCUGGAGGGCGACCGCGCGUUCCCGCUCCCGCCGCCCGCCGCGCUGUGGCCGGAGCUCACCGCGGCGGUGCCGCCCGCGCUGCACCACGGCGGCUCUCCGCACCUGCUCCUGUGACACGUACACAUUAGUGGCGUCGGACGUCAAGCUUGUCCCGGAUGCAUCACGACAUCGAUCGAUCGACGAGCUCUCCGACCACGAUACUGUGUGUCGCUUGACGCUUGUGUGGCCGCUUAGGUUGUUUGGUGUGUGCACGCGUCGUGAUUCGUGCCGUCCCGUGAUCUUGCGUUGCGUGAUGUUGCUUGUUUUAGUUCUCUUUAUUUAAUUAAUUUGUACUCUAGAUGUUGACAAAACAUAUGUUUCGUUACUCUAGUUGUCAAAAGUUGAUUCUAUUUGUAGCCUUUGCCUUAAGGCUUCGGCUACAAAAGACAGGUGAUUCAUGCCUAAUUUCCAGUUCAGA